CAACUUAAAUGUAUUAUUUGUAAUAUGACUACACACAAUCUGCCAUAACGAAGUAAUCUUUAAACAAUUCAUUGGUUUUCUCACUAAAUUGGUAUCAUCGACAGGACAGCGAAAUAUAUCAAGGUCAAUUGAUUGGACCUCGUGUGCGCAAGAACACAACAGACAUCAGAAGCGCAAUAUUCUUCGGCGUUUGCCAAAUGCCGACUUGGUAAACAGGGCCAUCACGUGAAUACUGCGAUUGUCAAGGGAACUGUUAAAUAUAUAUCAUAAAACAGCAAGGCGUUGACGCAAUGCUAGACAUUGACACGUCGUGCAAGGAACAUUAACACGUGGUGCAAGAAACAUCGUUUCGCGGUGCAAGAAACAUAGACACGUGGUGCAAGAUCCAUUGACACGUGGAACAAAAAACAUUGUCACUUGGUGCAAGGAUCAUUGACACAUACAGAAACCGUUGAUAAUAUAAAAUAUUAAACUAGAAGUCUGAAGCUUGCUUGUGGAUCUGCUCUGCACAAGAAAAGGCGAAAGAAACUAUGGGGUGUCUGCAAACUUUGUGUCGAGUUUUCCUGAUCGUGGUUAACCUGUUCUUCUUGCUGCUGGGUCUGGCGUUGUUUGCGGCAGGACUAUUUGUGCGUUUCGGCUCCGAGGUUCUCAAUGAAUACGUGGACACUGUCAAGGCGGAGCUGGAGAAGUCGGCGUCAACUGCCGGGCUGGGUACAGUUGACCUGUCGGGGCUUAACCUGUCCGACAUGCUGUUCGGGGUUGCCCUGGGACUCAUCUUCUUCGGCAUCUUCCUCAUCGUGAUAUCCGUGCUCGGCACGUGUGGAUCGUGCUGUAAAUUGAAGAUUCUACUUGUUACGUAUGUAGUGAUUUGCUCGUUGAUUCUUGUGGUCCAGAUCAUCAUCGUUGGGAUUCUUUACGGAUCGCCAGACACGUUCCAUGACCCGGCCAAAAAAACUCUAAAGGACAAAAUCCAAACAGAUUACGCAGGUUUAGCCGGAAGUGACGUCAUCUCCAUGGCAUGGAACGUAGUAAUGCAACAGGUUGGUUGUUGCGGGGCGAAUAGUUACGCAGACUUUACGGGCGCUGAAAACUGGGAGACGGACUACUCGAGUACCGGUUCCGGUUAUACCCUCAAGACACCCAUCGCGUGCUGCCGGACACUCCCCGACUCAAACGACCUCACGUGCGCGGACAUCUCAGGGGCAACAACUGCCAACAACUAUUUGGAAGAGGGCUGUUAUAAUAAAGUCUGGGAGCAGACACUGGGCAACACAACAAUAGUAGUGGCGUCACUUGUUGGUAUUGGCGUAUUUCAGCUUGCGCUGAUUGUAUUUGCUGUGAUCAUUCUGUGUACAAUGAGGGAGAAAACUGGCCACAAGGACUGAAAUCUUUGUGCCUUCUCGUCAGCGCCGUCGUGUUGUUGAUACUAAAUCGGAAGAACAAGACGGAGCCGAACUGACGUCAUGGCGAG